AUGUCCUUUCUUCGAUCUCUAGGCCGUUUUUUAAUUGAUUCCUUUUCUUCCUCUUUCCAUCUUUUCCUUUCUUUCUUUCUUUCUUUCUUUCUUUCUUUCUUUCUUUCUUUCUUUCUUUCUUUCUUUCUUUCCCUAAUUUUCAUUCGGAGUGAAAUCUUUCUUAAUCCCUUAUUUAAUUUUUCUUCUCUCAAUUUUCUUCUUUUUUUCACUCCUUGUAUUUUCUUUCUUUUUUUCUUUCAAUUUUUCUUUAUGUCCUUAUCUCUUUGUUCCUCUCCUUCUCUUACAGCUUCCUCUUCCUAUUCUUCUUUCUUUCUUCCUCGUUUAAAUUUCGUCCAAUGUUCAACCAAUCCACCAUAUCUUUCUUUCUUUCUUUCAUUCUUAUCCGUUUCAACUUGCUGCCUUUCUUUCUUUCUUUCUUUCUUUUUUCUUUCUUUCAUAUCCGUUUCAACUUGCUACCUUUCGCGUUUUCUUUCUUACGUUUAA